GAAAAUUAAAUAUCAAUUUUGAAACACAAAAACAUGUGAAUUAACUAAUGAUUUGUUGAUAUUAAUGAUCAAAUGCAUUGUCAACGGUGCGGAUCAACUGAUUUCGAGGAAGAAAAUGGUCUUCUCUAUUGUUGUAUAUGUCAGACACAGUCACAGGGUUUCACACAGGAAAGUGAGGUCACGUUUAUAGACAGAUCCAAAAUUAUGGCCAAAGAGAUUAAGUCUACUCGUAAGCCGAGAGAGCGUCAGAGGACACGAACGAGUGUACUCUGGACUUCAACCGAAGCAUUCAAUAUUAUUAUCAUUAAUCAGAUGUUGAAAGUCUACGAAAUCAAUGCACUGGACAUGAAUUUGGAUGACUUUAAAUGGUCGACAAUGACUGUUUGGUUUCAAUAUUUACGUAAAGCUCAGCUCUCCUUCACUGACACCGAGUCGGCCGACGACGAGGUGAUUACCCGACGCUUGCAUCCGGCCACUAGAUAUCGUGAUCAUCAGAUACUGACCAACAAAGUGAUAGACGCAUUGAAACCGUUCAAAUACGGAUCAAGUGAUUUGGGUUUUAAGAGUAACUACAGAUUAGACAACGACAGUGUGAUCGUAACGGCGGAACAGUUGAAUUCACUGAUAGAAUUGAUUCGACCCAAGAGUCGACCCGAAAUGCAAUGCAAUGGCCGUCAUAUUACAAAAUCACGCGAUUAUUACAAAUACAAGUCAUCUCAUAAGUUAUCUCUUGAGACGCGACGAGAAUUGUAUAAAAUGUUGGCUGAGAUUGAUAUCAACUCAUCAUUUGAUGAAACCGUCGAUUUGUUGGACGAAAAACAAUUGACAGAAUCAUUGUUAGUCAAUGAAGAUUUCGAUGAAGAAGAAGAGAUUAUAAGAGAAUUGGAAGAUAAAGAAAAAAAGAUUAAUAUUUUAGAGAUGACUGAUGAAAAUGAAUGUGAAAUUAAUGAUUUCGAUCGAGAAUUAAUUGACAACUUAACUAAAUCGACUAAACUGUUCUCGAAAUUUAUUCCAUUAUCAUAUCUGAAGAAUUCGAGGAAUAUUAGUUCCAAUUAUUUUCUUGAUUUUGUUUCUUUACCAAAAACACUGGCCAUUAUCAAUAUAACGCUUCGUUUAAUGAAAACCGAUAUCUUUUGUUUUGAUUUGAUCCGUUGGGCUCAACAAAGACAUAUUCCGUACUAUAAUUGUACGAAUUGUUUACCCGAUGAUUGGCUGUUCAUUCCGAAUGAUUUUGAAGCCUUCACUUCCCGAUAUAUUCCCUCGUAUUUUACAAUAAAUCUGUUGUCCGGUAAAAUUGCCGAUUAUAUUGGUAUCGAAUGCUUCCCGAAACCGGAUAUCGGAAAACUAAUGGAGCGAUUAAUUAAAGAUCUCAAUUUGCCGACAGAUUUGAUUGAGAUAAUUGAAGAACAUUACGAUCUCUUUCAACAUUUCCCUGAUGUUAUGGAUCGUAAUUAUAAUGUAUUGUUGAAAAUUUGUGACAAACCAUUGCCAUCAGUUCCGCAUUACGAAAGAUGGGCUGCGAUGAUCAUUGUUGUGGUACUCAAACAGUUGUUUAUGUUAAAUGAUUCGUCUGAAAUGCGUUUGAGUCAUUACGCUGUCAAUGUCACAGAUGUCUUCAAUUGGUGCCAAUGGGAACAGUAUUGUCAACACCGACUUAAAGUGAUCCAACAAUAUAAUAUACCAUUGAAUAGAAAUGAAUUCUGUGGUGUCAAAGAUGAAGAUCUUAUGGUCAAUCAAUUAUUGGAAAGAAAUAAAUGUGAUUUUAGGAAACGCAAUGAUUUGAUUUAUACAUCUAUUUCUCAAAAAGAACAUAAAUCAUAUGACUAUCGACAAGAAGUGUCCGGAGAGUUUUCAACUGAAGUAUCAUUUGUUGAUCAAAUAGAGCCAUCGAUGUAUCCAUUAACUACUGCCACAGAAUUUGCCUUAAGACGAAUGAAUUGUCCCGAAUUGACCGAAAAAUUGUCGGUUAAUUUUUCAGACAAAUUGCUUAAAGUAUGGUCUUGUAAUCACGGAAAGGCUUUUCACAGACCAUAUGUGUUUGUCGACAAAGAUCCAGACAAAUGGUCCGAAUCGUUGACUGUGAUCAUGAAGUUGUGUUGUUUAUUACUUCAGUGUAAGACAAAACAUUUGCUACCAAUCAUUAAUAAAAUUGAGUCCAAAUUUUUUCGUUACCAAAGAAAAUCAAAACGAAAGAAAGCUAAUUACCGGUAA